AACUUUUCAUUUCUCCGUUUCCAGAUCUUCUGCCGGCAUGCAACGGAGAAAUAACAACUAUGUCUUUCCUACAAGACGUUGUGGACAUUUUACUUCAGUAUGUGGUGAAAAGUUUUGAUAGAUCAACAAAAGUUAUUGAUUUCCAUUACCCAAAUGAGCUGCUCCAGGAAUAUAACUGGGAACUGGCAGACCAGCCACAGACCUUGGAAGAAAUUCUAUUGAACUGCCGAACAACCCUGAAGUAUGCGAUUAAAACAGGGCACCCUAGAUAUUUUAAUCAACUUUCAACUGGAUUGGACAUGGUUGGAUUGGCAGCAGACUGGCUGACAUCAGCAGCAAAUACUAAUAUGUUCACCUAUGAAAUUGCUCCAGUGUUUGUACUUUUGGAAUAUGUCACACUAAGGAAAAUGAGAGAGAUGGUUGGCUGGCCAGGGGGCUGUGGCGAUGGGAUAUUUUCACCUGGUGGUGCCAUAUCUAACAUGUAUGCUAUGUUGAUUGCACGUUUCAAGAUGUUCCCAGAAGUUAAAGAAAAAGGAAUGGCAACUAUUCCCAGACUGGUUGCCUUCACAUCAGAACAUAGUCACUUUUCUGUGAAGAAAGGAGCUGCAGCCUUGGGUAUUGGUACAGAUAGUGUGAUUCUGAUUAGAUGUGAUGAAAGAGGGAAAAUGAUCCCAUCAGACCUUGAAAGAAGAAUUCUUGAAGCCAAACAAAAAGGAUUUGUUCCUUUUCUGGUGAGUGCCACAGCUGGGACAACAGUGUACGGGGCGUUUGAUCCUCUCAUAGCUAUUGCAGACAUCUGCAAGAAAUACAAAAUCUGGAUGCACGUGGAUGGAGCAUGGGGUGGCGGGCUCCUGAUGUCAAGAAAACACAAAUGGAAGUUAAAUGGCAUUGAAAGGGCCAAUUCGGUGACCUGGAACCCUCACAAGAUGAUGGGUGUCCCGCUGCAGUGUUCAGCCCUGCUAGUAAGAGAAGAGGGAUUGAUGCAGAGUUGCAAUCAAAUGCAUGCUUCCUACCUCUUUCAACAAGACAAGCACUACGACCUGUCUUAUGACACAGGAGACAAGGCUUUGCAAUGUGGACGGCAUGUUGAUGUCUUCAAGCUAUGGCUGAUGUGGAGGGCAAAGGGAUCCACAGGAUUUGAAGCACAAAUUGAUAAGUGCUUGGAACUUGCAGAAUACCUAUACAAUAAAAUAAAGAACAGAGAAGGGUAUGAAAUGGUGUUCGAUGGAAAGCCUCAGCACACAAAUGUCUGCUUCUGGUAUAUACCUCCCAGCUUGCGCAGUAUGGAAGACAACGAAGAAAGAAUGAGCCGCCUUAUGAAGGUGGCACCGGUGAUAAAAGCCAGGAUGAUGGAGUAUGGAACGACCAUGGUGAGCUAUCAGCCCCUGGGAGACAAAGUGAACUUCUUCCGGAUGGUCAUCUCAAACCCCGCAGCAACUCACCAAGACAUUGAUUUCCUGAUUGGUGAAAUAGAACGCCUGGGACAAGAUUUAUAAUAAUUGGGUGUGAAAGUCUGUUCCUGGACCUCUAAGUAGACAAUUAAGUUGUCACAAACUGUGCGAAUGUAUUUGUAGUUUGUUCCAAAGUAAAUCUAUUUCUAUAUUGUGGCGUUGGAGUAGAGUACAGUUUAAAAUCAAGAAACAUGGCUCUUUUAAAGUCCUUUCCUGAGUUUUAGAAUACUUCCUUAAUAAUUAGCUGCACAAAAAGCUUCACUGAAACAAAUAAGGAAGAACGGAAGAUACUUAAAAUUUUAUCCCCAAUUUUAACACAGCAACUACUUUAAAUUAAAAGCAAUCAGACUGAAUGGUGCCAAAUUUGCCCAAAAUGAUGACAAAAUCAAAUUGGGGAAGUGGGAGGGGGCGGUGAGAAGCAGAGCAUACAAGCUGCAUGUUUAAAAGUGAAAGUAUUUUGCCUUUUUCAUAGUAUUAGAACAGAAUUUCUAAUUUACCUAGAGCAACAUUUCAAAUGUAUUUAAAUAGGUAUAGUUUUACAAAAGGAAAUAUAUAUAUAUUAAAAAAAUCCUAUUUUGUAAACUAUUUAUUUUUAUUUUAUAUGGGUUAUAAAACUUCAAGGACAGAAGCUGAAAAUUAACUAGGAUUCUUUUUCUUUUGAUGGAGGUGCCUCAGAUAUUUAUUACUGCUUAUUUUAAAAUAUAAGCCCACCUACUACUUUCUUAAGAGGUACCAAUACCUCAUUUCUCCAUGUCAUAUGGAUUGUACAUCUCCAGGGUUGAUUACUGAAAAACCUCAAGAGUACUGCAGCUCUUAAAACCACUUAAUAAGAUCAAUUACAGUACAACAAUAGGAUGCUAUUAUUCCUAAUUGUUUCCCACUUGGCCUAACUAAGCAGACGCACAAUCAAUAUACAGUGCUAACCAAGACUGAAAUAAGGUUGUAUUUGGAUGGUUUCUGUAUUCUGUGGUCAAAAAGCCU